CCCAUUUCUGUUUCCCUGUAAUUUUUUUUCUUUAUAGCAGGAGACCAAAAGGAGAUUAAAAUAUAUGUUAAUUUCUAAAUACCCCACAUUGAUGAAAAGAAGUCACAAUGCAGGUAAAUGUAACAUUUUAAAUUUUUUAAUUGCUGAUAAGAAGCAUAAAAGGAAAAUUUUGGGGCAGCUUAUAUCAGAUGUUGGAAGAAUCUGUUACAGUGACAGUUCAUUUUUAGGUGAACCCAUGACUAUGAGAAGAAAUAACCUAACAAGACCCUCUGAAUUCAUCCUCCUUGGUCUCUCCUCUCAACCUGAGGAUCAGAAGCCACUCCGUGCUGUGUUUCUCCCCAUCUACCUUAUCACAGUGAUAGGAAACCUGCUCAUCAUCCUGGCCAUCCGCUCAGAUACUCAUCUCCAGACACCCAUGUACUUCUUUCUAAGCAUCCUGUCUUUUGUUGACAUUUGCUAUGUGACAGUCAUUAUCCCUAAGAUGCUGGCGAACUUCUUAUCAGAGACAAAGACCAUCUCUUAUGGUGAGUGUCUGACCCAGAUGUACUUUUUCAUAGUCUUUGGAAAAGACAGUUACCUGCUAGCAGCCAUGGCCAUUGACCGCUACGUGGCCGUAUGUAAUCCCUUCCACUACAUCACCAUUCUGAGUCAUAGACGCUGUGUCUUGCUUCUAAUUCUCUCCUUCUGCAUUCCACAUUUACACUUCCUCCUGCACAUUCUUCUGACUAAUCAACUCAUCUUCUAUGUCUCCAACGUCAUCCAUCACUUUUUCUGUGAUGAUCAACCAGUGCUAAAAUUGUCCUGUUCCUCUCAUUUUGUCAAAGAAAUCACAGUAAUGACAGAAGCCUUGGCGGUCAUAAUGACCCCCUUUUCAUGCAUCAUCAUCUCUUACUUAAGAAUCCUCAUCACUGUUCUAAAGAUUCCUUCAGCAGCUGGAAAGCGUAAAGCAUUUUCUACCUGUGGCUCUCAUCUCACAGUGGUGACCCUGUUUUAUGGAAGCAUUAGCUAUGUCUAUUUUCAGCCCCUGUCCAACUAUACUGUCAAGGAUCGAAUAGCAACAAUUUUCUACACCAUAUUGACUCCAAUGCUAAAUCCAUUUAUCUAUAGUCUAAGGAACAAAGACACGAAGCAGGGUUUGACAAAGCUGAUGCACAGGUUGAAACGUCAAUAAAAGACCUGAGGUCUUAAGAGAAUAUCACAGAUCUCUUGCUUUUGACUAUAGGUUAUUAAUGAGUAUGUGAUUAGAUUCUGAAAGGAUAGUGCCUUCAAUGAUGGAGUUUCAUUUCUUAUAGAAGAAUGUUUAUUGCAUGUGUUGAAGCUACUCCUGAAUAUAAUGCCUACCAACUAAGUUUGAUCACUGUAAUCUACUGAGUAUCCCUAUUCAUGC